GAACCAGAGUUUGUGGCAAAGGCUCAAUUCCUUUACCUUCAGUUAACUAUGAAUGGAGAACUGGUUCAACACGAUUCCGCAAGCAGCACUGCAACAAUUUCUACAACCGCUGAGGUUCAUUCUGAUAAACUAAAUAAAUUGGAGUCCACUGGAAACACAACUAAAGAAGCUCGGAGUAUGGAAUCAGAUGGUUCAGAAGUUCGAAACUCUGAUUUAGAAGUUGGGAUUCCUGGUGUUGAUGUUGGAAAUGCUGAUUCAGAAGUUGGGAAUUGUGGUUCAGAAGUUGAAAAUACUGGUCCAGAAGUUGGGAAUUCUGAUCCAGAAGUUGGGAAUUCUGGUGGGAAUGGUUUUACGGAUCACAGUGCUAUUAUCUUUGAAUCUCGAACAAAAGGAAUUAUGAAAGAAUCAGAUAGAGCAGAACGGAAGGUUUAUAGAAAACUUCUUGAAUAUUUUACUUCAAGAGAGAGUUCAUUUCAGGCCGAAAUGAGGCCUAGUAAACGUGGAAAAACUGCAAAAGAUUCUGUAGAACCAGUGAAAAGCAGGAUACCUGGAGAAGAUGCCUGGACUACGGUUAAAAUAGUGAAUCCCAACAUUUACAUAGGAUUAGAUUUAACCAAGAAUAAGCCUGUUGUUACAGACAAAAACCCCCACUUAGAAGGUAUAAGUCUUUGA